AUGGAGUCUGUUGAUAAAACCCUCGCAUCGACGCAACACCUGCUGCAUGCGAUAGAACAGGAUGACGCGUUGCUCGAUGACGAAUAUUUCAUGCGAAAAUUGGAAUAUCUACGCAUGAAACACAAGGAAACAAGCGAUUUCCUCGCUCGGAUACUACAUCAAGAAGAAUGCCUGCCUCCAUCAAUUUCGACUUGCACCUGCAAAGAGAGGGAUUCGAAGUUCCAGAAUGAAUGGUCUUUUUCCGGAUGCGUUUCUGCGAAGCUCGUCACAAGAAGUGCUGGGGCAGAUCGAAGCACCCCGCCAUCGGAAAUUGUGGCAGGACGAAAGGAGAUGGUGAAAAGUGGUUUCGUGGUUCACGAACUGCAAGAGAAAGGAAGAGAAAAGAGAAGGCAAGCAACUCAGCACUCAGAUCCAGAGAUAAGAGCCAAUCAAAAACCACGAAGCUCGAAACGUCCCAAACACAAAACAGAUAGACAAGGAUGCUCACAUGCGAACCAAUAUUUUUACGAUUGGUCUGAAGAGAAAAGAGAACGUGAUGAGUGCUGCGAGGAGGAUGAAUUACAAAGUAAACGAACUAAAGAGAAGAUGGAAGAAGAAAGACGAUACGACGAAGAAAGGGACCAAGGAAAACGCCUCGUUGAUGAAAAAGACGAGGGGGAACAAUAUCAAGGAGUAACUGCCAAAACCGGAAGAAGUGAUGAAAGAGACGCGCAGUUUCAGAAGAAGAAAAGUGAUGGGUCAAGAGUCACCAACCCAACGAAAUUUCCUCGCUCCAAAAGCGUGAUCGAAAUUCGAGAACCACAGAAGUUCAAGACUACACAAGCAUCAACGUCAAAACGAGAUGUGGUGCCGGAACCAGUGCAGAACUUCGUCCCGCAAAUUACUGUACCACAACCCUUUAAAAUGAGUACAAGAAAACCUAUACGUAAUACGUAUUCGACUAGAUUUGUCGAGGACAUGGUCUCAAAAAGAAGGCAAGAAGAGAAAGAGCUGGAAAUUCAGGCAAGCAAAUCUAAGCCUUUCACUGCGCAUACCGUUCCGAUUUCUACGUACAUUUCCACGAAUCCGAGAGUAAUGGAAAAGGCAUACAUAGAAGCGAUUCGGAAGCGCCUCACAGCGAAUUUGCGGAAACACUUCCAGGAAGAGGCACUGUUAAGGAAGUCCAAGAGUCUUGGAGAUAUACCAACCCUAGCCCGACCUGUGCCUUUAUCAACGUACGUUACUCCGGCGCAGCUUCAAGACUAUCGUCGGUCACGGUGUGCAAGCCGAAGAUCCGUGAGACUUCUUGUUGAUGCCAAUUCGCCGCCUUUGAAUAAUGAACAUGCAGUGCGCUCGAAUAUAUCGAAUAAAGUACGGCAUAUACUUUGCAUUGAAGGAAGUAAGGAGAGGAAACAUCCGCGACCUCCCAUUCCUGAUUUUCAUCGACUUCAUGCUGAGAUGGAGGAGAAGUUGAAAAAUGCUCCACACAAAGCUGUGACAGUUCCUAUGCCGUUCAACUUGAGCAAUUCUUCUGAGCAUCGUCAUAGACAGUGCAAAUCCACAUCACCCCCUCGUUCCAAAACAAGACAUCAGAGCAAAUCAACAAAAGAACAGGUUCACGUACGCUCUACACACUCGUCAAAAAUUAGAAUGGAGGCCAUCAAACAACGAGAACAGAAACUCUUCGAGGAACGUCAUAAAUCGGAAAAAUUUUGGGAGGGGAAAAAGGAAGAGAUGGAUCUUAGUCGUUUGAAGUUAUUGUCAUCGAUGGGCUCCUAUGGAAAUAUACAGGAAGAGAUUGAAAGAAAAACGGCAGAGAAGAGGAAGCACAUUAUGGAAACUGCAAAGGACUACGAAAAAUAUCUUGCCGAAAUGCAACAGAGAGUCAUUGAUAGGCCUCUUAUCAUGGAGCAACAAUCAAUUAUUGCUCAAAAGCAAAAACUUGCUAGAAAGUUCAUCGAAAGGAUGGCAGUAAUUGAAAAGGUUGUGCCCGAGCAACAAACGUUGAAAAUGGUGAAAGAACGCAAAUACUCUGAUAUUUCAGCGGGAACAUAUUCAGUAAAGUCGAAAGCUGAACAAACAGUGGGCGAGGAAGACUAUGCAGAUAUGGAUUUCGAAAGUGAAGAGGCCUCGGGAAGUAAGAGGCGAUCAAACAGUUCCACUUCAUCCUCAUCGUCAUCAACAACCGAUUCUUUAAAAAACAGCACUCGGUCUAACAGUCGAUCUUCCGCUCAUUCCGAGAAUUCGCAUGCCAAAGAAAGUGAAGACGAUGUCCUGCCCUAA